AUGACCGACUCUCCCACCACUAAUGACCCCGAAACCUCUCUUUCGGGGUUGGUAUCUACUCUCGUUCCCACACUUCUCCUUGCUCUGGUCUACGUCGCCAUCUUCUUGAUCUUGCGCAAAUCUCACCGUCGAUACUAUGCUCCACGAACAUAUCUGGGCACGUUGCGUGAGCAGGAGCGGUCGGUAGCUCUUCCCACCGGCCUUCUCAACUGGAUUGGUACUUUCUGGAAGAUCCCCGAUACUUAUGCUCUCCAACAUCAAUCUCUCGAUGCGUACCUCUUCCUCCGCUUCCUACGUAUGACCGUCGUUAUCAUGUUUGUUGGCGCUUGCAUCACAUGGCCUGUGCUGUUCCCAGUUAACAUUACUGGUGGAGGUGAUGGCGGUCAACUCAACAUGCUUUCAAUGAGUCACGUCUCCAAGGACAAGUCAGGUGGAAAGUAUCGAUACUUUGCGCACGCUGGCUGUGCAAUAAUCUUCUUUGGAUUCGUUCUAGUACUGGUCGCGCGAGAAAGCAUUUUCUACAUCAACUUACGCCAAGCUUUCCUCCUAUCACCUGUAUACGCCAAUCGCAUCUCUUCCCGAUCUGUUCUCUUCACCUCUGUACCCAAGGACUAUCUUCAUGAAGGGAAGCUCCGAAAGGUCUUUGGCAGUGCUGUCCGAAAUAUCUGGAUCACUAGAGAUACUGAAAAGGUCGAUGAGUUGGUUGAAGAGCGUGACAAAGUGGCUUACAGAUUGGAGGCUGCUGAAGUGAAGCUCAUUAAGCUGGCAAAUGGCGAGAGAUUGAAGGCUAUCAAAAAAGGUGCCCUUGAUCCCGAAGAAGAACGAAUUGAACAGGGCGACGGCGGAUCAGGAGGUCUGGCUGCUAGAUGGGUACCAAACAAGAAGCGCCCAACUCACAGAAUUGGAAAAUUUGGCUUGAUUGGGAAAAAGGUCGACACAAUCAACUGGGCCCGCACUCAAUUGGAGACGCUUAUACCCGAAACUGAAGCCGCUCAGAUGAGCUAUCGAGCAGGCGAGACUAAAGCCACUGGGAGCGUUUUCAUCGAAUUCGCUCAUCAAUCCGAUGCACAAUCCGUUUUCCAGACUCUGUCCCAUCAUCAAGCUCUUCAUAUGUCUCCUCGAUAUAUCGGUGUCAAUCCGAAUGAAGUUGUCUGGAAAUCAUUAAAGAUUUCUUGGUGGCAACGAGUCAUUCGCAACAUUGUAGUUCUGUCAUUCAUCACCGCGCUCAUUGUCUUCUGGGCUAUUCCCGUCGCUGCCGUUGGUCUCAUCUCGAAUAUCAAUUACCUCGAAAGCUAUUCUUGGCUUCAUUGGUUGACUGCAAUUCCUAGUGUUAUCAUGGGAGUCGUGACAGGUCUUCUGCCUUCAGUUGCUCUGUCCAUCCUCAUGUCUCUUGUUCCUGUCAUCAUGAGAUUGUGUGCUAAACAGGCUGGUGAACCAAGUCUUGCCCGUGUCGAGCUUUUCACUCAGAACGCAUACUUCGCCUUCCAGGUCAUUCAAGUUUUCCUCGUCGUCACAGUCGCCUCAUCAGCUUCUGCGCUCAUUAAGAGUAUCAGCAAGAACCCCGGUAGCACACCAUCUCUCCUUGCUGAGCGCAUCCCAAGAGCUUCCAACUUCUAUAUCAACUACUUUAUCGUACAGGGUUUGACAAUUGCGUCUGGGAUUCUGUCCCAGGUUGUUGGAUUUAUCAUGUUCAGUAUCCUCUACAAGUAUUUGGCUGGUACACCAAGGAAAAUGUAUCAAAAGUGGGCAAACCUAAGCGCCAUCUCUUGGGGAAGCUCUCUACCUGUAUUCACCAACAUUGCCGUCAUUGGUCUGGUCUACUCGUGCAUUGCACCACUCGUCCUCGGCUUCGCAACCAUCGGAAUGUUCCUCUUCUACCUCGCCUUCCGCUACAACAUCCUCUUCGUAACUGACAGUCAAAUCGACACCAAAGGCCUCAUAUACCCACGCGCGCUCCAACAACUCCUCACUGGCAUCUAUAUCGCCGAAGUCUGCAUGAUCGGCCUCUUUGGCGUCAACGAAACUCCCGGUCCACUUGUUCUCAUGGUCGCCAUGCUAAUCUUCACAGCCCUCUUCCACAUCUCCCUGAACUCCGCGCUAGACCCCCUCCUCUAUAGCCUGCCUAAAUCUCUCGAAGCAGAAGAAGAGUCGCUCCGCGGGCUCAUGGAAGGAGGCGGUCUGGAAGAGGAGAAGAAUGCCAACGUCUCUUCCACCGCUACACUUAAGAAGCCAAAUUUCAUCUCCAAAUUCUUCAAGCCGCAUAUCUACUCCGACUACGCUACCCUACGCCAACUCGUCCCGCAUGGGUUGUUGGAUGCGGAUAAUAUGUACGAGGACUCCGUUGCUGAGAACGCUUAUUUCCCACCAUCGGUUACUAGCGAGACACCGCUGUUGUGGAUCCCGAGGGAUGCGGGUGGAGUUAGUGCACAAGAGGUUGCGCAUACUGGGAAGGUUAUUCCGAUUACGGAUGAAGGGUGUGAGUUUAAUGAGAAGAAUAAGUUGGUUUGGGAUGCCGAAGGGGCGAGACCGCCGUUGUGGAAAGAGAAGGUCUAUUAUUGA